AUGUCAAUUUCUUCUACUGCAGAAAUCUGUUCGUACGAACUUAGGGUGCUGACUGAAGAACAAGUGGGGGAGAGAAGUGUCUGUACGAGGGUGUGGGAUAAGUAUGUUGAUGGGUUAUCUAAUCAGCAAUGGUAUUUCUAUGCAAAUUACACUUCAUGUGUAAACUUUGUAAAAUAAUUACCCAUUCACAUUUGUCACAGAAGACAGAAAGUACGUAUCCAACCAUAGAAUCAUUAUUUCACGAAUGAGGAUGAAAUAUUAUGCAAAGAUAAGAUCUCACUUUACCAAAAACCAGAACCAUAUUACCCUCUGUUCUUACACCCUAAGUGGAAAAAGAGUUAACGACAUGCUAAAAAGCUUGAUUAACAAUUGUGGGCACUUAUAAAAAUCCUAGAGCUAUCCCAAAUCCACAUAACCUCAAAACAAUUCUCAACCAUCCUGCUCAGUGCAUCCCAUCUCUCCACUCUAAACCUCCUAUACAGCAACAUCUCCGGCCCAGCUCCCAACUUCUCCACAUCUCCACACAAAUCCCGCCUGAACAUGCUCAAAAUGGACUGGACUCAAUCACCCCAAAAGCCCUUUGAAAUCCUCCUAAAUCCCUUCUACUUCGACACCAUUUUAUCCAACCUGCUCCAGUGCUGUUUUGGAUCCAGUGUCAUUAAAGUCUGGAUCCUAGGAGCUGGGCUUCCACGGUACAGGUGAGAGAAGUUGACUCAGAAGUUUUGAAAGGGAGGAUUGGGGAUAAGUUUUAGUGAAGAUUUUUAGAGAGA